UCCGGCUCGGUUUUCCCCCUCCCCCCCCCGCGGGUUCUUCGCUGCGAAGAAAAUGGCGGCGGCGCCGAGCGGAGAUGAAGAGAGACUGGAAGAAAAGUCUGAGGACCAGGAUUUACAGGGUCUAAAGGACAAAUCCUCCAAAUCUAAAAAAGUCAAGAAAGAGAGGAAAGAAGAAAAGGAACAUGAGCAUGCCCAGCCCUCUGUGGAGCCAGCUGAGGCAGGCAAGGCAGAAAUGUCGGAAGGAGCUGGAACUGCUCCAGCUGUACCUGAAGCCUCUGCAUCUCCAAAACAGCGCCGUUCUGUCAUCCGAGAUCGUGGUCCCAUGUAUGAUGAUCCCACUUUGCCUGAGGGCUGGACUCGCAAACUCAAGCAGAGAAAAUCUGGCCGCUCAGCGGGGAAGUAUGACGUCUAUCUUAUCAACCCCCAAGGCAAGGCCUUUCGUUCUAAAGUUGAGCUCAUCACCUACUUUGAGAAGGUGGGAGACACCUCGCUGGAUCCUAAUGAUUUUGAUUUCACGGUGACUGGGCGCGGGAGCCCCUCACGACGAGAACAGAAGCCUCCUAAGAAAACUAAAGCCCCUAAAACUCCUGGCACAGGCCGCGGACGGGGUCGACCUAAAGGUAGCGGCUCUACCAAACCUAGAGGAACUGCUUCAGAAGGUGUACAGGUGAAAAGGGUAAUUGAGAAGAGUUCGGGAAAGCUGCUAGUCAAGAUGCCUUUGCAGUCAUCUUCAAUGGGAGCAAAGGCAGAAGGAACAGGUGGGGCUACCACCUCAGCACAGGUCAUGGUUAUCAAGCGUCCUGGACGUAAACGGAAACCUGAAUCGGAUCCCCAGGCUGUACCUAAGAAACGGGGACGAAAGCCAGGCAGCAGUGCAGUAGCAGCUAUUGCCGAAGCUAAAAAGAAAACAAUCAAGGAGCCAGUCAUCCAGGCAGUCCGGGAGACAGUAUUGCCUAUCAAGAAACGUAAGACACGUGAAACUGUCAGUAUAGAGAUCACCAAGCCAACUCCUCCUCCUCCAAGCAACACAGGGGAAUGGAGUUCCAAAGGACAGCGAAUGGCUGCCAAGAGCCCAGGGCGCCGCAGCAAAGAAAGCAGCCCUAAAGGGCGGGGUGGCAAUGCUGUGUCAACCCCCGCCCCUUCCUCUUCUCCUGGCAAGAAGGAUCAGCACCUCCCUCCCCAUCAGCCAUCUUUGGAGCCCCAGGGCACCUCCCCUGCUCAGUCCCCUGAAAGCCCUAAGGACAGCAAGAGCCUUCCAGUUGAGCCCCAGGACUUGAGCAGCAAGAGCUAUAAAGAGGAGAGGGCUCCAGAAAGUGAUGGCUGUCCUAAAGAGCCACCUAAGACUCAAUCUGGUGGCACAGCCGUGUCCUACAAACAUGAGCGCAAAGAUACUGUGUCGUCCUCCACGGCCUUGUCCCGGCCUACAAACAGGGACGAGGCCGUGGACACCAGGACACCUGUGUCAGAGCGGGUCAGCUGACUUUGCGGGGGGUGAGUGAGCAAGUGAGCGCCAGAGGUAACAAAGAGAGGAACAGGCACUCUCAGCCCCACACACCCAAAUGAGACUCCAGGCAGCUGCCAGGUAGAAUUCUCUUUUCCCACAAUGCCCUGGCUUUCAAUCAAUCAGCUUACCCCCAAACUAUCCCUCUGUGUCCCUCAUUCCUCCCAUUUUUAAUACAGACAAGCACAGUGUGGGGUACAGAAACAUGCCUCCCAGGGCUGGAAGCCACUUUGCACUUUUUCUACAGAACUGGGGCCCACUCUUCCCUCUCCCCAUCUGCCUGGCUCCUUCUGCCAUGCUUUGCUGAGAAUACUACUGACAAGGCAAGCUGUUUGGCGGAGGAGAAAUAGCUUCAAAUUCUGGCUUGUUGCCCUGAUCCUGUUUGCCCUCCAUAUUAUAGAGGCCCCAUCAACAGAUCAGGUGGAGAGGGGCUCACGUAUGUAUUCCACUCCACCUCCCUAGUGCCAUGUAAUGUAGUUGUCCAGUCUUAGUUGGAGUUCUGUAGUUUCCAGUAGGCUGUGUGCGCAUGUGUACACAUGAAAGAGAGAGAGAGAGAGAGAGAAAUAGGGUUGUGGUAUAUUGGGGAACUAAUAUCCCUCAUCUGCCAUUUAGGCCAGCAAUUAGGAAGAAUAUUCUCUUUCCCCCCCUCCCCCCAAGAAUAGUUAUGCUGCUAAGAGACCACUGGGAUACUAGGUGCAGCUUUGUAUUGAUGUCCUCCUUUCCUGUGUCAAUCCUGAAAGGAGAGGCCUUUGAUUUUGUUGAAACAAUCUGAAUGUGCUGAAAUGGCAUGUGUGUGUGAGCUUGUCACAUGCUAAGAGUUAAAAAGAGAAGUUCUUCCAGUUACUGUCAAUGAUGUUAGCUUAGGAAACUGUUUGCACUAAUGAAGGCCUUUGUCCAAUUGUUUGUGGUGGGGGGAGGGGGCAGUGGCGUGAAGGAUGUACAGUGUGUGCCUGUGUGUAUCAAAUGGGGCAUUGGACUGAACACUGGCUCACCUCUCCACCUUACUUCUCGUUCAGGAAAGUAGCCCAAUGUGUGUAAAACUACCUGUAAUUCUUUGUGGGAUUGGUACAUGGCAAUGGCUGAAUUGAGAAGCCUAGUUGCUUCAAAUAAUAAUCCCUACAGUUGACAACCAAGCUCUUCCAAGGCUGUUGAGCACAUAUCGCCUCUCUCCCCAGGAAAGUAGGGCUCAGCAGAAGUGUAGCGUUUUAUUGUGUAUGAGACUUUGUUGGCAAUUAAGGUCUGUUUUUUCCUUCCUAAUAGCAGAAAACAGCACUCAGUGUGGGAAGGGGAAGGACAUUGGCCAUGCUAGUCCGCUUAUUUUUACUUAAGUGAAUAUGUAGCACAGAAGUAAUCUAGUGACUCUCCCUACCUUUUGUGGACUGUAGAAAAUAAUUCAAUAAGAAGAAAGGAAGCCUGGGUCCCAGUCAAAAUCUAGGCAGAAAGUAGCUAUCUUAAAUAGCUUUUUUUUCCCCCCAGUGGUGUGAAAUGAUAAAACAAGUCCCAUCUUGUUUCAUGGGUCUUUGAGGACUCUAAUAUACAUCCUGAUAUCUGUGAUAAUUAUUUUUAUCAAGAAGUUAGCACUCUAAAAGUCAAAGUAUUCAGAGGAGUAGCUUUUUACCAUCUAAAUAUGUGCCCUCUUACCCUUUACAAGUUGUUACUGGGAGAAAAAUAGAGAUUCCUAUAAUGGCAUUUCCCCCCCUUUCUAGUAUAGCAGUUUGCUUGCAGGAACAGCAAAAUUUAGAACAGGAAAAUUAUUUUGAGAGGGAUGAAUAAUUACAUUUUUAUUAGCAAAAUUGGAGUUCCUGCAGUCAUAUGUGUACAUACAUACAUACAUACAUACAUACAUAACCCUGUAGGCUCUCAGGAGUCAUGUCUGUUUGAGACCUUGGAGAGCCUCAUUGGCAUGGAUGAUGAUUUUUCUCUGUUCUUGCCUAUGUACCAGACAUUGGAAUAAAAAUUCUUUGUGCAUAAGCAGCCAAAGUGAAGUUAUUAGCCUUAGAAUAUGUUCUGUUCAUAAGAAAAAGAUUCAGUUUUCUCUAUAGGAAGACUGAUGAGAUUUAGCCCUGCAGCAACAUGAAUUUAUUUUUUUCUUAGCUUCUUAUAGCGUAAUCAGAGCUGAAAGUUUUAUUUUUUUCUUCUUGAUUUGCAAUAAGGUUGGGGCUGGCUUCUCUUCUUUCUUUAUCAAGAAUAAAAACCAAUCCUCUUUCUUAAUCAUUAGAAUUUAGGAUACAAUCUGUGGCUAAAUGAUGAAUACCCUUUCCACCAGAAAGCAUAAACAAUCUGAAACUAGCUCAUUAUUUAUUGGAAUGAUGUCUCUGUGCUGAGAAGUACAUAUGGAAACCUGAUAGAAAAUGUAAAGAAGCACGCACAAGGGGGAAAAAAGGAAGAAAUUACUUUGCAACAAUUUAAACUCUUUAAGGGCUUUUCCUCAAUGUUAAAAAAGGCACAAAAUUAUUUUGGCAGGGAGGGGGUUUCCCAUCUAGUUUUCCAAACCACAAUAAAUAUCCUACCCUGUGGGAAAGAGAUGGGGAAAAUGCAGUACACUUUAGGGAUGCAUUUGGGGAUUUCUAAGGCUUUGCACUUGACUGAGAAAUCUAGAGUGAAUUAUUGUCCCUCUUGUUCCAGCUUCUAAGUCUGCAUGUAUUCUAUCAUGUACUAAUUUUUCUAAGUUAUGAUAUUGUUUUGGUAAAUGGAACAGAACCUUACAUUUCAUUCCACUUUGGGGUCACUUCUGAUGGGACUUUUUUUAAAAUAGUAAACAUAUACAGACAUAUGUCAGAGCUGAAAGUGUGACAGAUACAUUUUGACGGUUUAAUACAGAGCACUUAUCCUUGGAAGUCAAAGUUUAAUUGAAUAGAUACACAUCAUGAAAGUUUCUACAGAAGAAUAUCAUGGUAAAACAGCGCCUUAGCUUGUCCAGCUUGAAACACAGAGCCACAUCAAGAAUAAACAAUAGUGAUAGCAAUCUUUCCAAUUGGAAUAUUGGUUUUUUUUUAAAAAAAUAUCAGUUGGGUUAUAAUUGAAGCCCAAGCUGGAUGUAGUGGUAACAAAUCUGUUUAUAGUUUUUUAAAAAAAAAUCAUGUGAAGAGGAUAGAUUAAAUAUUAUUUCCUGCAAUUUACUCCUACAGCCUGAUACAUACAGGUUUGCAGGAUGAAAAGCAUGCUCAAGCUGGGCUUAGAGUGCCACAGUUACAAUGCAAGCUACACCCCUUUCAUAUGUGCAAUAUCACAAUACUUGUACAUGAGUGGAGCUUGUGUGACAAUGCCUUCAUCUUUUGUUCCCCCAAUAGUGCACUGGAUACCUGCUUAUACAAACAUUUUCAUUCAUAAACACAUUCUUCUUGGGAAGAAUUCUAAUAACAGGAAUUAGGUUGGAUAGGAAAAAAAAUGCUUGGGAAGAGGAUGAUGGAAGAAAUAGCAGUCAUGGAGAAGAUUGCUUUAUGUAGCUGCCUGCACUUAUGCCCUAAAACAUGGGAACCACAAUUCCAGUUCAGACUAGAACAAGCUUAUGGCUAAGCAAGCGUGUUGUGUCAGUUUAGUCCUGUCCCUAUAAUAUAGGGUAUUGCUGCAUUCCAGUGUCUUUUUUAGGAUUCAUAAUACUGUAGUGUAUAGCUGAGACUACAAAUGGGGCUGUAGUUCUGCAGGAGAUAUGCUCAGCAUUUGAAGUUUUUAGCUUUUGAACCUUCUGAACUUAAUAUAUACCCAUAGACAGAUCUCCUUUAGUUUAGUUUACUGUUGGGAGUAUUGAAAGCCUCGUGCCUUCCUACUUAUUUGGCAAAGAUUAUUUAGAAAAUGUAGCUUUUGCCCUCAUGUGAGGCGCUUUGGCACUCUCCCAGCCAUGUAACUUUCAAAAGAUUAGGUGACUGAUUUAUGUAAAAAGUUGGCAGCUCUUUGCCAUGUCCCUUCCCAGCUGUUUCUUGAUGCUCAUUGCUGAGGCAGUCAGUGGCCCUCAUGAUAGAAAUACCUCUCCCUCUUUUUUUUUUUUUUUUACAUUUUCAUGGGGGAGAAUAAUGCACUUUAAAGCCAAGAGAGAAUAAUAGUCUUUCUUGCUUUCUUCCUACUUGGGUGGACAGUAGAGCCACAAGCCCAUUGAGAUCACAUGAUUUUAACAGUGUCUUGCAAAUAGUUUAAGAAGGGGUUAAAUUUAAUAUGGGGUUAGAUGGGGAUAUUAAAAGAAGCUUCAAACGUUAAGAUUUUGGGGUAUCUUUAAGCAUACCUAUGAACAUGUAUGGAAUUUGAAACAAAAAUUCAAAUUAGAAUAUCAGUACCCAUAUAUCAGCUAAAAUCAUCAUAUUGUACUUAGUCUAAUCUAUCAUUACCUGGAUUUGAAAAACUUGUAAAACCACAGGGUUUUUUUAAAUCUCAUAUGUCUUGACAUUCCAAACAAGUCAAAAGGUGACACUUUUACACCAUUUCCCUUCCUUCAGUUGUGAUGUAGGGUGGGAACUUGAAGGUUCAUUUUGUCAGUAAGAGCCAAACUAGAUCCUUGUAGGCAGACCAGGAUUGCUGCUUGAUUGCUACAAAGUGAUUGUUAGAGAGGCAGUUUUGCACCAGAAAAGCAGCAGGCAAGCAAAACGUUUUAAUUCUGCUUGCUUUUUUUUCUGACUCUCCCUGCCUUCUUCCCAGCACAUGAACAUUUAUUUGCUGCAUAUGGCAUUCAUCUUGCUCCGCUUUGCAGCUGCUUACAGACCUGGGUCUUCCACCAAAAUCUAGUUCAACCCAAAGAAAGGAUUGAGAAAGUAGAGCAGGAGUAGAAGUCUGGCCUCUUCCCACCAUUCCUUCUAAAGAUGCUGUUGGAACUAGCUGCUUUUCCAGAGUGCAUUACAUCAGUAGUAGCUUCACUGGCAAACUGCUUAUUUACAGGGAUACAAAGUGACUAUCUUUGCUCCUAGCUCUGCCCACUUCCACCCAGCUCAUCCUGAAGACACAUGUGGAUAGUGCCUGGAGUUUGAGAGACUGCGCAAGAGGGAUUUACCUUGUUAGCAUUGUGAACCACCUGAUGUUUCUGUGUCAAGUGAAAAUAAACUUCUUGUCAGUUUCAAUUAUUAUCCAGUAAUGUGUAGAGUUUAACGUUAGAUCUAAAUCUUUUUUGUUUGGGGAUUUACUUUCUGUUUUGUGUGUGUGUGUGUGUGUGGUGUUUUUUUUUUAAGGCACCAAGUAGACACAAAAAAAUUGUCUAAUUUUAUAUAUCUGUAUAUUGCAUUAUAAACGAGGGGUAGCUUUUUUUCUGCUUAUUGCACCACUACCAAAUAAGGAUAACAGACUGACAAGCAAGGAAUGGUAUGGUCUGUUGAGAAAUUAUUACAUGUUGUUUUCUUUACUAUUACUCCUAAUCUUCAGUAUCAUAGCAAGGGAAAAGAAAACAUCCUUCACAAUUGUCUGCUAGUAAAUCCCAGAGCAGAAGAUAUAUUCAGCUGGGCUGGUCUCACACUUUGGGACGGGAAUUUUUUUUUUUCUUUUUGCUCAGUGGGUUUGAAAAAUAACAGGAUGGUCACAUAUAGUCAACAUUUUAUUUUUUUGCACUCAAAUCUACUUGUGGGGAAGGGCAUUGGGCCUAGGGAGAUAAAGUGAAGAAAAUGUGGAGUAUUUGGUCUGUAUUGUGACUUAACUCUCUAAAAAAUAUUUUCAGUUUAACCAGAGCUUAACUUAUGUUUAUUGGCAUGAUUUAGCUCUAUCUGUGAUGGCUACUUCAAUUAGUCUGUAGUAAUUUUUGGAAAACUACCAUUGGUCCUAAACUGAAUUUCUUAGUGUUCUUCCUCAUUUUCUUCAUAGCAAAGUUCUUACCUGGCUUCUCAUCCUCCCACUUUUACUGUUUUUAAAGCUAAUAUUUCUCCUACCACUCCUUUUCAUUUUGUGCAUUGCAUGCCAUCUGAAGCACUCCAUGAUAGCACGUUCCCUUCUUUAGCUGAUAACUGUCCCUUGUCUUCACUACUCUCUACCUUGCAUGUUUAGCAAAAAUCUAGGUCUGAUUUCCAAAGACAUCAUGUCUAGAUUUGAUAUUGUACCUUCAUGUGUCAGUGUCGCACUACAUCAAUGUGGAUCCUGGAAAGAAAAAGGUGUGAACAAAAAAGGGACAUGUCAAAUAUUUGGGUGGCAGAAGUGAAGUAUUGAAUUUGACUCCCUCCUUUUUCUACUGAUCAAACAUGUUUCACAGUAUUUUUCAGAAUGAAUGAAUUUUCAGUUUUUCAAAUUGGACUUUGCCUUUUCUCCUCUUCGUGUUGCUUAUGCUUGCAUGAGUAAUUGCUGAGAGGUUUGGUUUGUGUCCCACUUAAUAAUUUUGUAUUAAAGCUUUCAUUUUAUUGACAUCUUUAACAUUAGAGCUCAAGUAACAUUCAUCAAAUCAAAGGCUGAUGUGUUUGGAAGCAGAUCAUUAAGCAAAAAAAUAGCUUGCUAGUAUUUUACUGACACAGUUCUCAUCAUAUCCUAAGACACCAUUAGAAAGAGGACCAAAUAUGACAGUUUCCUGUCUGCCAGUUUUCACUUGUAAGUUAUGGAAAUCAGCAAUAUCCGCUCAAGAGUAGCGGCUUAAAAUUGCCGUUCUUCCAAAAGCAAAGACUGAGCAUAGAUUACACUUCUCUGAGGGACAGUGUUACUAUAUUCUUCCUAACAGAGGUUGGGGAAAAAAAUUUCUCAAUCCAUAAAUUGACAUACAUAAACUUUUCUUCCAAUUAUGGUUUUCCUCCUUCAAGCCAUGUAGAAAAGCAGUACUUACUGUGGUUGUGUUAUCUCUGCAUGAAGUGGCAGAAGAGUUGGACAUUAAUCAACUGAUUUUCUUUAUGAGUGCAAAAAAAAAAAAAAAAAAAGGCUUUCCUCCCUUUAUUAUAAAGGGGCAGGGAUGGUGGGAAAUCCUUUCUCCUGCUUCCAUAACUCAACAUGUUGCUAAUAACAAACCAACUUCCUUCUGCUUCACAAUUCAGUAGCGAUCACUAUAAGACCAAAUAUUACAAGGACUGUUAUUAAAUGUAUGCUGAGUGCUUGCUAUCUUGUACAGCUCUUAAUCCUCGCAUAGCCAACUAACUCUACCCAGUGACAUUUCUUUAAAAAAUAAAAUACAAUUCCAGAGACACAGAAUUUGGGGUUGGGGUGGGAGUUGUUUUUUAUUUUCUUUUAAAUGUUUUUUUUCCCGAGAGGGGGGAUGUAACAGAAAAGAACUGUGGUAUUUGAGACUUGUUGUGUGUAGGGUUUUAUCUCCCCACCCCGAAAAAAGGAAUGUCAAUGAAAACCUUUUGUGUGUGUGUGUGUGUGUUUUUUAUUUUAAUGGUCCACGAGUAUGUAUCGUGAACAUUUCUGUAAAGUAAUUGUUCCAGGCACAAAUGCUUCAAAUGUGAGUGUCAAAUAUAUGUAUAUAUUUUAAAAGGGAGGAAAGGUAUAUACUUUUAUUUUUGUCUUACCAUUGGCAGUAGGGAGAAAGGGGUAGCUUAAGCAAUUUUUUUAACAACUUCCCAGGGUAUUUUGUAUGCUUCAAUUUCUAAUAAUCUACUACCAGAAGUCAGUGUAUCAAAAAAAUUAGAAUAUGCUUAGACUCCUUCAUUGAAACAUUCAUUUGGCAGGAAUGCAAUAGUAAAAACCUGAAACAAAACCCAGGAGGAACUUCACAAAGUUUUCAUUUUUAAUAAUCCGUUACCAGAAGACAAUAUAGGAAAAAAAGGUGGUUCUGUAGAUUCCUUCAUUGAACACCCAUUAAGGGAAGAACAAUAAAGUGGCAAAACAGGAGGAUCUAGCAUGUAAGUGUUUUAAAGAAUGCAUUGAAACUCCAAAAAUCAUAAUUAGCACUCUUAUUGGGAUCUAUGUUGUCUUAAAGAUUGCCCCACUAAUAUUUUUAAUGUUGAGAAAUAACUGUUGAUCCAUAUGAAUUUCCAUGCUAAAGCUCUAAUUUUAGAAAAAUAAAUACUAAGAAACUUUCCACUGAGGUUAAGUAGAGCUUCUUUGGCUCUUUUGAAGAAUUUU